AUGUGUGGAAUACUAGGAGUAGUACUAGAUGAUCCAACUAAAAAUGCAGCUCCUGAGUUGUUUGAAGGUGCGAUGUAUCUCCAGCAUCGUGGCCAGGAUGCAGCUGGUAUGGUAACAUGUGGAUCUAAAGGAAGGUUUUAUCAAUGUAAAGGUAAUGGAAUGGCAAGGGAUGUGUUUACUCAAGGAAGAAUGAUGAACUUAGUUGGUAAUAUGGGUAUCACCCACUUGCGCUACCCAACUGCUGGGUCUUCAGCAGGUAGUGAGGCACAACCCUUUUAUGUCAAUUCACCUUACGGAAUAGCUUUAAGUCACAAUGGUAACUUAGUGAAUUCACUCGACUUGAGAAAGUAUUUGGAUGAAGUUGUUCACCGUCAUAUCAAUACUGAUUCUGAUUCAGAAUUGUUGUUAAAUAUUUUUGCGUCGAAGUUGGAGGAGUUCAAUAAGUCAAGAGUCAACAACCAAGAUGUUUUUGCCGCAAUCAAAGGUACCAUGGAAAUGGUCAGAGGUGCAUAUGCAUGUGUCGCUAUGCUUGCAGGUUUUGGAAUAAUCGGGUUUCGUGAUCCUAAUGGUAUCAGGCCGUUAUUAUUUGGAGAAAGGGUCAAACCUGAUGGUAAAAAAGAUUACAUGCUAGCAUCUGAGUCGGUAGUCUUAGUUGCUCAUGGGUUCAAGAAAUUCAGGGAUAUAAACCCGGGAGAGGUUGUAAUAAUACCAAAAAAUUCUUCAACUGGUCAAGAACCCGAGUUUUGUCAAGUAGUCGAACCAAAUGUGUUUGCCCCAGAUAUAUUUGAGUAUGUGUACUUUGCUCGUCCAGAUUCAGUAUUGGAUGGGGUGUCUGUUUACAGAUCAAGAAUUGAUAUGGGAGAGAAACUAGCAAAGAAAAUUACACGAUCCAUAGACGUUAAAGACAUUGACGUUAUAAUACCGGUUCCUGAUACCUCGCGUACUUCUGCAAUCCAGUGUGCAGUUACUAUGAAGUUGCCCUAUCGUGAAGGUUUUGUCAAAAAUAGAUAUAUUGGAAGAACUUUCAUCAUGCCAGAUCAGCAAGAAAGAAGAUCAUCUGUCAGAAGAAAAUUGAAUGCGAUGGAGUCUGAAUUCAAGGACCGCAGUGUCUUGCUUAUUGAUGAUUCCAUUGUUAGAGGUACAACUUCGAAGGAAAUUGUAGCCAUGGCAAGAGAGGCUGGAGCAAAAAAAGUCUACUUUGCCUCUUGCGCCCCACCAAUUAGAUUCAAUCAUAUUUACGGUAUUGAUCUUGCUGAUACCAAGGCUCUAGUAGGGUUCAACAGAGAUGAAAAGGAAAUCGCCAGGGUCAUUGGUGCCGAUGAGGUCUUCUACCAGGAGCUUGAUGAUUUAAUUGACUGUUGCAAGAGCGAUAAGGUCACUCACUUUGAAGUUGGUGUUUUCACUGGGGACUACAUUACCGGAGUUGAAGACAACUAUCUCCAGGAGCUCGAAAAGAUUAGAGCACAGAAUCAGCGCCUUAGAGACAGAUCUUUAAAAGGUCUCAGUGUGGACGCAUGCAUCGAUGCAGCCGACGUCAUCGAUGUCAAGGCAGAGGUCGACAUCAGCAUAUACAAUAGAGGUGACUAUGAAAAGUAA